GACAAAAUAAGAAUCUUAUUUUUUGUUUUAGAAUAAAGUGGGGGAGGUUCUGUUUGCAUUUUGGCCUUUGAUUCUAAGGGAGGCGAGGUGGUGGAAGGAGAAGCACGAGAAAGACAGAGAGAAAUAAGGAACAUAAACAUACAACAACAGGCACACGAACUUUGUACUUAACAAACAUACAGAGAAAGAAGGAAGGAAAGAAGCAUUCCUCUUGGCUCUAAGGAACUGGUUUUUUGGGGGGGCUCUUUUGCCUUGUCCGAAAGGUCAGGGUCUGGGUCAGAGAGAGAGUCAGGGACACGAAACAAGAACAGGUCGUGUGCUUCAAUGGAAACGUGUUCCACACUGUACCUUCACCUUCUCCUUCUUCCUCUAAUCAUAAUAUCAUGACCUUUCACAAUCCCGUUUCUCAAUUUCUGAAUCUCUUCCCUUACCUUCAUGGUUUGAGUCCCCUUCCCUUCCCUUAGGGUUUCUUCAUUUCUUCUGCUUCUUUCCCAUCUUCAGGUGUUGCUUGUAUAGUAAGCCAUGCCGACAUAUACAGCAAUAGCUAUGGAUAGAUUAAUAGAAACCGGGGGCUCGAAAUCCACGGCAACUUCCAAGAGCAUUCAUGACUCAAAGUUUGAGAGGAGGAACAACAUUCCUAAUUCAAGCUUUGAUAGGAGCAAGAAUGGUUCUAGUUCAAAACUAGAAAGGAUAUCCUUCGAGUCUAAUGUAAAGUUGGAUGAUACCAAUGGUAAGUCCUCUGUAAUAGCAGGUACGAAUGACCACUGGACUCAAAUAUCUCCUGCACUAUACACAAUUCCCAAGCCAACACCACUUCCAGAUUCUCCUUCGUCAUAUCCAGAUUCUUCUUCGUCAUUUCCUCCAUCACCCUACAUAAUCAAUCACAAGCGCCGAGGUCCACGACUUUCAAAGAGUUUCACUGAAGAUGAUUUCGGCACUCAACAAGCUCUAGAUGGAGAGAAGAAGAUAGAUGAGAAUUUAAGAGACAUGGAGAAGGAGCUCCCCAGUACAUCUGUUGAUGACCCUUCCAUUUCUAGUGAGACAAUUAAUUGUGCAGAAGAGGAUAAUUUAUUAUUCCCUGCUGAUAAUGGUGAAGUGAGUGACCUUUGUGAUAAGGAGCUUCUUCACCAAGAUUUGCAUAAUGGUUCAGCUGGGCAAAAUGGUACAAUGAAGUCUGUUGCAUUCAAUUUGAGGAGAGAUGGUGAAGCUGACGAUUUCUUUGACCCACAGGAAUCUCUGAGUGUCAGGAGUUAUGGUGAGAGUGAGAAUAAUGGUGGAUUGCAGCGCUGUGUAAGUUCCAUGACCCCGAUGGGAGAAUUUUAUGAUGCUUGGGAAGAACUAUCUUCAGAGAAUGGGCCACAAUUACCGACAAAUGAUCUUGAAAAUGAGUUACGAGAAAUAAGAUUGAGCUUAUUAAUGGAAAUUGAAAAGAGAAAGCAAGUAGAAGAAGCUUUAAGUACCAUGCAAACCCAGUGGCAAAGCAUUCGUGAACAAUUAUCUCUUGUGGGGUUGAACAUCCCUCCUAAUGUCAUUGCUGGAGAGGGAUUGGACAAUGAACAGCCAGUUGAUCAGGUGGAAGAUUUGUGUCAACAAGUCCACAUUGUUCGGUUUGUAUCAGAUUCCAUUGGAAGGGGAAUAGCAAAGGCUGAGGUGGAGGCAGAAAUGGAGGCUCAAAUUGAGUCGAAGAACUUUGAGAUAGCUCGACUAUGGGACAGGUUGAAUUAUUACGAAGCUGUGAAUCGAGAGAUGUCACAGAGGAAUCAGGAAGCUAUAGGACAUUUAACCAUGUGGGGGUCCUUAAGCCUAGGGUCUUCUGGAAAUAGCCUCCCUACUUCCCAAGGUAGGGUAAGGUCUGCCUACACUCUACCCUCCCCAUACCCCACUUUGUGAGAUUUCACUGGGUAGCUUGUUUUUGUUGCAAGGCAUAUUGACUUCAUAAUAUCUGUGAAAAUAGAUUGCAUGCAUACAGGUAAUCCUAUUUGCAGAAUUGUUUGAAAGACCAACUUGACGCUAGAAACUUCCUUGCUAACCUACAUCUUGCAUCAGGAGUACAUUCGGUUCAUAGGCCAUUUUGUAUGUUAGUGUGUCAUCGAAGGCCUCGCAUGUAGUUUCCUUAUCCUGAGCAGUGGCGGAGGCAGGAUUUUCACUAAGGGGGUUCAAAAUAUGAAAAAGUAAACAGACGAAGAAGCCAAAGUGUGUUCAACGUCUAUAUAUAUUCAUAAAAAAUAAUUUUAACCAUAUAUAAACAGUGUAAUUUUCCGCCAAGGGGUUCAUGGCCCUUCCUCCCUCCGCCUCUGAUCCUGAGUGACAACUGUUCAGGCUGCUUCUCUGAUUAUCUAAUCUUGGCACCCGCAGUCUAUCAGGGUAAAUGCUAAGUAGUGAACCUUUUUUUGUGCUGAGUUGUUUUGUUGUUGGUUGAGAAGAUCUACCAGCAGAUGCUGUUUUGCUUUUUAGAAAAUGACGUUUUGUGUUUGGAUUGUGUAGAGACAGCGCGGCGUCUUAGGCAAAUAAGGAAGAGAAGGCAG